AUGGAGAGAAUUGUUACUGGUGAUGAAACCUGGGUACAACACUAUGACCCAGAAACCAAAGAACAGAGUAAACAGUGGACUGGCUUAGCUUCACCCCGUCCAAAAAAGUUCAAGACUCAACCACCUGCUGGCAAAGUCAUGGCAACCAUCUUUUGGGAUACCAAAGGGGUCUUGCUCAUUGACUACUUGCCACGUGGCCAGACUGGAGAGUACUACUCCGAUGUCCUGGGCCGUUUGCGGACUGCUAUUCUUGCCAAACGUCGUGGAAAGAUCACAAAAGGUGUGCUGCUCCAACAUGAUAAUGCCAGAGUGCACACCUGUCGACUUGCGGUUGCCGCAGUGAAGCGGAACGGGUUCAAAGUAUUGCCUCAUCCACCUUACUCACCAGACCUGGCACCAAGCGACUACUUUCUCUUCCCAAACUUGAAGAAAGAACUGAGUGGACGUCAUUUCCGGUCCGAUGAUGAACUCACAACAGCAGUGGAGGGGUGUUUACACGAACUACCCCAUGGUUUCUAUCACAACGGGCUUUUAGCUCUUACACAUCGCUGGACAAAGUGCAUAGACCUCAAUGGUGAUUAUGUGGAAAAAGAAGUGAGGAGCAGUAGCAAAUAG